AUGUCACCCCUUAUUACGCUACUAGAGCCACUGAAGCAGGAGUGCAAGGGUAUUGCGCCCCCGGUCCGAUUCCACUACAAUAGCAAAAGAAGGGCUUUGAUCAGCUCCAGCAGCAAAUCCACUAGUACUAGAAGUAUUAAUAGCACUGGACAAUACUCCAUCAACGGGAGGAGCAGCCGAAACAAGCUUACGACGAUGUGUGCUACCAUGACCACUUCAGGAGAACAGCAGCAGCAGCAACCACCCGCCAUGGACCAGAGGAGGAGAAGGUCUAUCUUGGCAGACUAUACCAUUGAACGGGCCGGCCCUGAUAGCAGUAGUAGUGGCAGCAGCCCCGAUUUGGAAGAUCAGCCUAAUACAACCACCCAUUCCCGAAGGAAAAGCCAUUCCGAGACGUUGCAGAGUCUCUACAAGUUUCAUCAUCAGGAGGACAACAAUGAUGGCAACAAGAUGGAAGAUGCUUCUGAUCAGCUGCACAAGGCACUUUCGACUACGGAGAUCUUGCUCAAUCUACCCAUGGAGGGUAGUAGCAGCGAGUGCAGCGUCAGUAUUCGAAGAAGACGACGACGACCUCACAACAGCAGCAACAAAUCAUCCAGUAGUGCCUCAGGCAUGGACUGCAGCAGUGGCAGGAACCGCUCAUCUUGCUCCAGUCGUCUCCGCAUGUCCUUGCAGAAUGUACUGGCGCAGCAUGAUGAGGAGCAAGAUAAGAAUGUCAUUGCUUCAGCUACUGCCACUGAUACUCCUCCUAUCCGACGAUCCUCCACGGCUACUAUAGUAGAGACCAGCAGCACCACGACCGACAAAGGAAUUCAGUUUGAAUUGCGACGAUCUGGCAGUGCUUCCAUCACCACCAGACGCAAGCUACCCCAACGACAGCUUUCGAGCAACACUCGCCUUCGCAACUCUAUUGCACACUUGCUAUCCAUGGACAACAGCGACGGCGAGGAGAUUCACCCGGAUACCCUCCGUUCUAGCUGCUCCUUGAAGAAGCAGAAGAAGAACAAGCGACGCAGUGACAGCGAUCUCAUGGCGAAACUGCCAGCAACCAUUACCCAACAAAGUCCCUCCACGUCGUCCUUGGACUCCUGCACAUCCACCACGGCUAGCAGUACAGCUUCGACGACGACUGCCAGCAAACGGUACUCGAGACGAGCACGCAUUGCGGGAGAACCAAACGACGAGGACGUCCCAGCCCUGCUACCGCCACCAACAAAGACACCCGAUCCACAAGAGAUUCUGGGCAUUUUCCAACCACGGCCAUCCUUGUUUCGUCGUACUAGUAGUGCUACAUGUACCACUCAUCCGGAUGGCACUACUACUACUUCCGCGAAACAACUACAACGGACAAGCAGUCAUGGCUGCCACUUGAUACCCUUGCACAAGACACGACGCAUGUCCCAAACCAAGGGACUCUCGAAUGCCGUAUUGAAAACCGAAAUCUCCAAGAACCUUCGACGACAGAGCGCAUCGCCUGAAGUAACAUUGACCCAGACACAGUCCGGACUUGACGAGUCCAGAGAAACGCCCGAGGUGACAACAAAGGUCAAUAGCACGGAACAGUACGAUGACGACGACGACGACGAUCACAGCACAACCAGUAGUUGCUUUCCCAGGCGCUCUUGGUUGGAUCGCAGUAGUAUAACGUUGGAGAUUCCCUCAAUACAAGAUCUUGGAUACGGAGAGGCGCCCGAGAAGGAGGACGAAUUAUACGGAGACGUCGUCAAGGCGCCCGAGAAGACCCCUCGAAAGAUGGGGCGCGCCCGUUCUGGUACUGCCUUGUCGUCACUCGUCUCCAACAGCAACCACAACAAGGGACUGGAAACCAGGAGCAACCACCAACGACGCAAACGUGCGAGCGGUAAUGCCUUGUCGUCACUCGUCUCCAACAACACCCAAAAGGGACUGGAAACCAGCAGCAGCAACCACCUCCCCCGCGCCAAGCGUUCGAGCCAAAACGAUCUCUUUGGGAUGGUCCAAAGACGAAGUUCCAUUCGCAGCCUGACUCCUCCCAAACCGUUGUCCAAUCUAGUAGGACAGCAGAAAUCCAACGAGGCCGGAUUACCACGAGCUUCACGUCGAGGAUCUUCCAACCGUUUGUCGGGACUGACGGUUUCCGAAAUGGCACUCUCGCAGGCACAAUCGUCUUCCAAUCACCACAAGAAGAAUGCGCAGUGGACGUCGUCUCUUUCGACCAACAUGCCCACGCGACGCCCCUCAACGAUUCGGAGUUUGCAACAACCAUCCGAAACUGGUGGUGGUGCUCAGAACAACAGUUACUCUAGACGUCUCAGCACGACGCGACUUUCGGGAAUGUCCGUGGCCGAUCUGGCCCUCGCGAAUGCCCAGCAGAAACCCGCCUCCAAUAAAGGCAAUGCUCAGUGGACAUCCUCUCGCAACAAGCCCACGACAGAGAAUCCAUUCCUUCUCAAGCGCACUUCGAUGAGUACAAUGAACAUGCGAAGCAAGAGUGCAACAUCGUCCUCCAUGAUGAAAAGGGGUCCAUCCUCUUCCUCCUUGACCUUAUCCAGCCACCAUCAUCAUCGUCAGCCCAGCCGAAUCUACUGUCUCAACAACGACGACGAUAAUAAGAAGAGUUCCCUCCGUACAAACUCUCUCACACGGCGUUCUAGUUUGCUGCUUUCGGGAUUGUCCUACUCCGAAAUGGCCUUGUCGAAUGCACAGCAUGAAAUGUCGUCAUCUUCCUUGUGCUCCACAUCAUCUUCCCGUCAGACAUCAAGAAGGUCAGACUCCAUGGGCAUGUCCUCCAGCCGCCGCAGCAGUAACGACUCCAAUCGCAAAUCGAGACGGUCCGACUCUAACCGCCGCAGCAGCAACGAGACAAUCGAAGAAUCGUUGGAGUCUUCUUGCUCAUCCCUGCUGCAAGGUGUCUUGGACAGGAGAUUGUCCGCGGCACAGAAAAGUCUUUUGGACAAUAGCCUCUUCGACGAUAGUCUUCUCAACGACAGCAUCUUGGACGAGAGCAUUCUGGGUGACAGCAUCAUAAUGGAGGACAGUAGCAAAAUGGACGACAGCAGCGUGGUGGACAAUCGACGUCGCGACAACCCAAGUCUUGUCUCCUUGUUGAAUACACCAGCUGCACCUCCACAACAGCGUGAGGCCAACUAUCUACCCUAUGCGCACAGCUUGCUGGAUCAAUUGGGAGACACCAUCGUCACGCAGCCGCCGCAUUCGCACCCCAAACAGCACUCUCCGAAACCUCCCAAAAAGCCCGGCGUGUUGGGUGGCAACAGCGAAGCCGUCAAACAAUUUGUAGCAGAAAAGAAGAGAGGAGUUUCUCGCAGAUCGUCCAAUGGGAGUUUGGAACUCUUGGCCAUGCUGAGCCGUUGCAAUGUGUAAGGAGCGGUCCCAAGGCUACAUCGGAAGGACGACAUUCGUCCUCACUUACUUGCUUCUACAGUACGACUAAUCAGAUAAAGCUAGCAUGCGUAUUGAUUUGAAAUGGUAUUGACCGCAGUGAAUUGUAGAAAUCAGGGAGGGCA